AUGAACCUCGACAACUCAGAUGUCGAUUAUGCCGAGGAGCCUGAUCCACUAGCUCCAGGCCCACCACAUCCGCAGCAGUAUCUCACCGCCGAUCCAAGGCCGCCGUCGAACCGAUCCGGAGGCACGUUUGGCCACCCGGAAGAACGCCGCGUCAGUAGUAGUAGUGCUCUUAACUCGGACUUGUCGUUCACGUCCAGGCCUGCUUCUUCGGCUCCUGCUCAACCGAAGCCGUCAGUUUCAAGCCCACCACCACCACCACCGAUUACUCCUCCGUUCGUUAACGGAUUCGCCCGGGGCUCUACCGACAACAAGCACACAAGCGAACAACAAGAAAAUAGCGGAGCCGCCGACCACCGCCGCCGCGGCCACGGGACCGGAACCCCAACUACUGCUGGAAUAAGCCAAGACAACGAAGUUCGAGCUCAUGCUGGCCCCAUUGUCAUCCAAGGACCUCCACGCGUCAUACCAGACUUACCACCUCUGCCGCCCACAACCUUUCGACUUCAACAGCAACAGCAACAGCAACAGCAACAACACCCAAUGCAACGAAAUCCAUACCAGCCACUGCCGGGGGGCUUACCUGUAGAUGGUGGGAUAGCAGUAGCAGCAGCAGGUCCGGUCCAAGAUUUCAAAGACGACCUCGCCCGGGAAGCCGGGGUGGUCACCCCAGGUGUCGACGACACGCCAUAUGUUCAGUACGCCAUCGAAGCUCUCACUCGUGGGAACAGAGAGUCAGGUUAUUCGGGAGAUGGGUCAUCCGGUAGUGAGUGGGGACCUGGAGGAGCAGGAGGGCGAUAUGAUAUUGUUCCCGGUCCAGGGAUAGGAGCUCUUCCUGUUGGUUAUGUACCGGAACAGCACCAACAUCAAGAACAACAACAGCAAGCUGGACCCACUGGACCUUCAUCAACCUUGGAUCCCGGACUGAAACACCAAUUCGAAGAAGACAGACGUCUUCUCCAGACACCCUUCCGACCCAACAAUCCCGCCGCCUCAGCGGACUCGCUCGCAUCGACAUUACUCAAGAAUGGCCCACGACCAGCGCAACCGCACGAGUGGAGGCCGCUGGACAGAGACGCGCUCAUAGCCAAGAUAGGCGAGCCCCGCGCCAACGGCCUUCCAACGCUCAACUACCUCCCGAUGCCCCUAACCGCGCGCUCGCUGGUAGCCUUCAUGCUGAUGUGCCUCUGCAUGGCCGCCGCACUCAUCUUCUCCGCCGUAUGGUCGCAGAUGCAGAACGGACUGACGGCGUACGUGAGCAUCUACGGCUCUUCGUACUUUCUGUUUCGGAUCCUGCCGCAGUUUCUGGGCGGUUUGUUGCUGUUAUGGGCGCAGUUCAUCAUCAUUACCGCGUUCCGAAUUCUUCCCUUUGCGCACCUGGCUUCGCCCAACAUCAGGGAACGAGAUGGCGCGCUGUUUGAGGAUAUGUACCCCCGCUCGUUCCUCUGGCCGCCGCAGCUUAUCGGGUCGUGGAAGGUGUGGGUUCCGAUUCUGGUGACGUGGGUGUUUGGGAUGACUCUUCCGCUGCUGAGCUCCAUGUUUACGGUCGUCUGGGUGGAUGGUGUCUGGAUGUGGGCCACGGUCCAGGGCGUCGCGUGGACUGCUGCGGCGCUGUACUUGGUCAUUUUUAUUUCGACAGCCAUUCUCUGGAGGUACUUUGCGACCUUGCGAUCCACGGGACUGGCGUGGGAUCCGCGAUCCCUGGCUGACAUAACCACCAUCGUCUCCGAGACCAACGUCGCGGACGAGUACAGAGGUACCCAACUAGCGAGCAACCGCGAGCGCAUCCGCUUUGCGCUCCGCCACCAGGCCAACGUCCGACUCGGGUACUGGACAUGGAAGGACGGCCGGUCGGGCGUGUGGUACACGCUGGGCAGCCCCAUGGACCAAGGGCUCAUCGCCGUGCCGCUUCCCGACCAGCUGACUGGCAAGGGAAUGGCCAAGUUCCAGGAGAAGCAAGGACUGAUGGCCUCCAUCAACAUCAACCCCGUCGCCGGCAGCACCAGCGGCAGUGGGACGGGAACGGGCACUGGCACCGGCACAGGCACCGGGAGGGACUACGACAUGGAAGCCGCCUCAGACGGGACCCUCUCCCCGCAAGGCCGCUACCGCUACCUCCCCUGGUGUCUGCGCACCUCUCCUCUCCUCCUUCUCGUAACCGCCGCCUUGGUCCUUCUCACCGCGCUCUUCGUCGUCUCCUUUCUCCCCGCGACCCGCAUCACCAACGGUUUCCUCCCCGGCCUCCCCGCCGCUCCGGUGCAGGGUGCCUUCUCAGCCGCCAACUUCCUCUACUCCUUCAUCCCCUCCCUCAUCGGCCUGAUCCUGUAUCUCCUCUUCCAGACAAUCGACAUGCACCUCCGCAUCCUCCAGCCAUGGGCCGCCAUGUCCUCUUCCAACCGCAAAGGCGGCGCCUCAGCCGACGCCUCCCUACUAGCUGACUACGCAGCCUGCGGGCCCCUGACAGCCACUUUCCACGCUCUGAAGAACGGCCACUGGCGCGUGGCCUUCACCUCGGCGUGCUCCACCUUAUUCAUCCUGCUCCCUGUCCUAGGCGGAGGCCUGUUCAUGGCGCUCACGCAGCCGGCCGGCUCGCUGGUCGACGGCCACCACAACGUGCCCACGGACGAGGAGAAAGUGCUCAUGUUCCCCAACUUCCCGGCCUUCGCCAUCGUCCUGGCGCUGUGCGUGCUCUAUUUCCUGGCCUUGCUGUCCCUGCUCCCCGCGCGCAAGCCGUUUCGGUUCCCGCACGGCGUCACCUGCUUGGCGGAGAUCAUCUCGUACUUGGCCAACGAGGACUUGCUGGGCGACUUGGCGUUCAAGCACUGUCGGAGCAGGGAGGAGCUGAAGGAGAAGCUUGGGGUUGGCAGGGGCGUGCCGGAGACGAGGCCGAGGUGGACGUUUGGGCUGGGGUACGGCGGCAGUACCGGCGCGGCGGGGACGGGGGAGGAGACGUUGGGCGUGAGGAGGGCGAGGAGGUUUACGGUGCGGAAGAGCCAGAUUAAGUUUGGGGGGUUGGAUCAACCCUUUUUGAGAUGA